UGACGACACUUCCCCUUCUCUCUCUCUCUGGAUCUAUCCCAGAAGUUUUCUCUGUCCUCUUGCCUUCAGGGCGCUGUUUUCUCAACUUCUCCCCUAUCUUUGUCCAGAUUUAACUUUAAAAAAAAAACAAAAAAACAAAACAAGAAACAAACAUAACGACGGCACCAUGUCGCCGCCAUCUCGAAGGCUUCAGACGAAGCCGGUGAUUACCUGCCUGAAGACUUUCCUCAUCUCCUACAGCCUCAUUUUCUGGUUCACAGGCGUGAUCCUGCUGGCGGUCGGGGUGUGGGGGAAGGUGAGCCUGGAGGCCUAUUUCUCUCUGGCGUCUGAGGAGAGCACCAAUGCACCAUAUGUCCUCAUCGGGACCGGAGCCAUCAUCGUUAUUUUCGGACUGUUCGGCUGCUUCGCUACGUGCCGCGGCAACCCGUGGAUGCUCAAACUGUACGCCAUGUUUUUGACCUUGGUGUUCCUGGCUGAGCUUGUGGCCGGUGUUUCAGGCUUUAUCUUCAGACAUGAGAUCAAGGCCAAGUUAGGUGUUGCCUAUAAAAACGCUGUGAAGAACUACAACAGCACAGACACCAGCAGCACUGCAGUCGACGCCAUCCAGAGGACUUUGCAUUGCUGCGGGGUGCAUAAUUUCACCGACUGGGGCAACACAGAGUACUUUAAACAGAAGGGCAUCCCUGCCAGCUGCUGCAGAGACAACGCCAAAUGCACGCCGGAAACCCUGAGCGACCUCGAGAAGGCUGCGACAGAGGUGUACACGAAGGGCUGCUUCACUCUGGUGACCGAUGUGAUGGAGUCCAACCUGGGAAUCAUCGCCGGGAUCUCUUUUGGGAUCGCGUUCUUUCAGCUCAUCGGGAUCUUCCUGUCCUGCUGCUUGUCUCGAUACAUCACCAACAACCAGUAUGAGAUGGUCUAACAGCGACUUUCCACAGGUCACCGAUGGGCAGCUCCUGACGCGGACGAGUGGAAGAACCUCCUGUGAUUUUAAACGUUGUGUUUGUGUUAGUUGAUGUUAUUUUAGAGGGAAAAACACCCACUGCUUCUCCUUUUUUUUUUUUAUUCAGUCUCACCCACGACGGGCAAAAGGGAAUAAAGUGAAAGGGACGUUAGCGGCAGUGUAGUCUGACCAAAAAAUGAAAAGGGACCUGGACAUUUUGGGGAACGUUUGUUACUCCUGGGAUUUAUUUAGGGAUUUCUGUUAAGCCUAGAUGUUGUUUUGUAGCUGUCGUCACUGUCAUUUGAGUUCCAGUUGUCAACAUUUCCGUGUGUCUCGUGUCUUUAUAUAAACGCAGCUGCCUUAUUUUUGUAAUUUUUUUGCUAAAAUUAGUCUGUAGCCGAGCAGUCGAAAAUCUAGACAAUAAGCUGAUAAAUGUUAAACUUCUCUGCAACACUAAGUGAAUUUCUGCGCGUCAAACCCGUGUGAAGCCUGAGAGCUGGACAGAAGGACUCGAUCAUGUGGACCAGUAUCGGUUAGUUAAAGCCUGCGUUCAAGUGUGCCAACUACACUCAUCCAGCCGUCUUCAGUAUCACAGUUUUCAGUGUUUAAGUUGUUAUUCUUUUGUGGAUGCAUGUGAAAGACUUGAGUUGAAAAGAAAAAUAAAGAUGAUGUGUCUUUAA